AUGACAAGUUUUUAUGACAAAGCCAGUGGAAGAAGCAGGGGUUUCGGCUUUGUAACCAUGUCAACCGUUGAAGAAGUUGAGGCGGGUAUACGACAGUUCAAUGGUUAUGAACUUGGCGGAAGGCAUUUGAGGGUGAACUCCGGGCCACCACCAAGCAAAGGAGACUCUUUCUCUAGAGGGCAAAGAGACGGUGGUCGUGGCGGCUACAACAGUGUUGGAGGUGGGGGAGGGAGAAGUUAUGACAGCACAAAUAAGGUGGGAGUUCAUACUGAUGGGCAUGCUAUAUCAACUAAUUUGGUGAUAAAGAAGAAUAUAUCAGUUUCAAGAAAGUUGGCAGGCAUUUGGGAACCAGAACCAAGAAGCAACCUUAUUUCCAAGUUAUUUGUGACUUAUGAAGCAGAUUUACAGAUUCAGUUCGAAUUCUUAGGUUUGAACAUACCAUCUACUAAAAUGGCUUCAAAUCGUUGCAUUCAGUUUGCUGAAGCUGCCAAAGUAUCUCAUCUCUACAUAACAUUAACAAUGGUAGGUAUUGAAUUACAGGUAUUCAUCUUCUGUGUGUUAGAAGAUUAUAUUUUUUGUAUUCUUUAG